AUGUCCGACUUUCUAGGAACAAGAAUUACAAAUCUGGAUGUGUCUGAAAUAAGAAAAGAGUUUAGUAAAAAGAGAAAACAUUUUGAUGAAUACGAUUUUUAUGUUUUUUACAAAAAUUUAGUUGCAUCGGAUAAAAAGAGAAAAGGAAAAAGAAGCAAGAAAAGUGGUAAUAAAGAGGAAGAAUUCAAACCGUGUAAUUACGUAUCAAGUAUAUACAAAAGUAAGAAAGUAGUUAAAAAGAGCAUAUAUGAUUAUAUAGAUGAUGAAGAUAAUAUAUAUGAAGACAUAGUGACCAAUGAGAAUUUUGCAGAUGACAAAAAUUUUACAGAUAACAUUAGCUUUACCUUUUUUAAUGAAAGUAUUUCAUAUACAUUACUGAGAAAUAACAAUUAUAUUGAUGGUAUACCAAUUGGAGUUGAUCUUAAAAUAAAGAAUAAUAAUAAGAAAGAAAGUUCUUGGAGAAGUGAGGAAAAAAAUUUAUCCCAACAUUUACCUGAUUUAUCGUCGGCUGCUACACCUCGUGAGAAGUAUGAUAUUCCACCAAGGUAUAUUUACAAAAAUAAAGAAGAAGAUAUUGAAAAUAAAGGAAGUUUACCAUCAGUAAGGUAUUGUAAUGAUAAAUUAAGCAAGACGAAUGAAAAUGGACAGGAGUUGAGAAAAAAAGAAAAUACUAAAGGUGGAAAUAUAAAAGUGGUGCAAAAGGCACAAAAUGCACGCAAGGAAAUAGGCCCAAAAUUGCCCGAUAUUUUUGAAGAGAUCAGAAAGAAUAUUGGAAAUGAUAAUAAUGAUAAUAAUGAACGGAAUGAAAAUGAAUACAUAAAUAUUUUAUCCUAUAAGAACCACAUUAUUUUAAUUAAAAUGAAAGAGCAGAGAGAAUUCGAAAAACGAAUUAAGGAGUUAUAUGUACCAAAAAAUAAUUUUGAGGGAGCUUUCUUUCAAAAUAAUGUAAAUAGUAUAUAUCAGAAAAAAAAAAAAGAAGUAAGUUCACUCUGUAAUGAUUUUUCGAAAAACACAGGAGGUCAUCGUAAUAUAGAAAUGGGGAGUAUAUCUGGAAAAGGCUCCUUUUUUUCUGCGGAUAGAGGAGAUAAGAAAAUGUUCAGUCAUGUUCCGGACGAUAGUUACUCGGACAGCUCUGUAGAGAAUGUUUAUGCGAGUUGGCAGCAUAAGAAAUUAUAUGAUGAAUGCACCUCGGAAGUUGAAGAAGGGGGAGGGAGAGGGGGAAGCGGUGUUCAUAGUCGUAGCAGUAGUGGUGAUAGUAGCCGAAGGAGCAUGCAGAUUACCCGUGCUUUCCCGUUCGUCAUGUGUGAUCCGUCCUUUUUGCACGCGAACGAAAUGCACAUUUGUUACAAAUUGUACCAUUUUUUUUUUUGUUCGAAAAAGAAAGAUAGAAAAAAUGGAGGUGAGAGUUAUCGAAACGUGGAAGAGUUAAAGGAUUUAUAUAUACGAUACUCCAAGUUAAUAAGAAUAAAUAACGAAGAUGUUUUGAGCAAAAAUGAGUUAAUAAAUUUGUACGUCCCGAAGAAAAACUGGGUACAAGCCAACAAUAGCGAGAUAGGAGAUGAAAAUUGCAAAAAUGAAAUUUAUGUUUUAAAGAAUAGAAUAAAUUUUAAUAACGAUUUAAAAAAAAAAAAUAGAUUUUGUUUUUUUUGCAAAAUGAAGGAAAAUAAAAUAAGAGUAAAAAACAUUUUUAGCAGUAAGGAGCGUGAAGAAUUCACUGAACUAAUGAACAAAUUUAAAAUAUUUUAUCUAGAUUUUUACACAGAUCAGAUAAUAAAUGAAGACUUAAAUACGAAUUUUCAAAUUUAUAAUUAUGAAUUUUCUAAAUGUGUUUAUGACAAAUUAAAUAUUUCAAAUGUGUAUAAGGGUAAUGCAAAUUUGGAAAAGGAUAGCACUCCAACCUUAUGUGACAGUUUCCUGAACAUUCCGCAGUUCAUUUUUGAAUCUAUUUUUUCGUCUUAA